UCUUAAUGUUAAGCUAUAAUCGUAACUAUUAACUUCUUCUUAAAUAGUCAUAUGUUUGUUACCUGUUAUUUUAUUUUCUCUGAAGGUCGAUGAAAAAUAUGGCACUAUCGAGAAAACGAAUGGCACAACCGAAAAAUCGUGCAACAGGACUGAAAAGACCCAUAACAUCAACGAAAUGACGAAUAUCACGAUCCAAAUGACGAAUAGCACGACUGAGAUGACGAAUAACACGACUGAAAUAAGGAAUAGCACGACUGAAAUGAAGAUGGGCACGACUGAAAUAAAGAAUGGCACGACUAAAAUAAAGAAUGGCACAACUGAAAUGACGAAUAGCACGACUGAAAUGAAGAAUGGCACAAACAGUAAUGGAGGGACUCAAGUCAAGGAAUCUCAAGCAACAAAAGUACUCGACACAGCGCAAGCUUUCUAUCCUUUGAAUGUCACCUACCGCGGACGUGAUCUAAGCCACCAUGGCAACCAAUCUAGCUACGUGGCCAUUGGCAUCACUUACGCCCCGGGACCAAGGGGAACUGCAGAAGGAGCAAUGGAAUUUCAUCACUCGCAGAGCAGCUACCUCGCGCUUCUCAAAACGGGAAGAUGGAAGCAAUUUAACGAGUCUAUCACCAUUGCCUUUUGGCUCUAUUUAUCCGGUGGCUCAUAUGUGAAUAUUGUAGAUAACGCCCCUUUAGUGAAUUUUAUCCGUCAAGAUACCGACAAUGGAACAUACUCUUACAACCAAGAUGAAAUGGCUGUUAGAAUCUGGUACCUUUUUGGUCGAUUACAAUUUGAUUUAGUGAAUAGCGCUUCUCAAUCUUUCUGUACUUUGUAUCUCGGAGAUCCUACCUUCGGAGGCGGCUGGAGGUUUGUCAUUGCAUCAUACAACCAGUCGGGACACGCCUUUAUACAAGCAGAUAACCUUAGCACUUCUAAAUCAUGCUUGCCCCGUCAGACUCUGGCUACGUUCCCUGGUUAUGUGCGACUUGGUAGUGUAACAUUUGAAAACUGGCACUAUUAUUUUGCCGGUAAAAUGGCAUGUUUAAUGUUUUUUGAUUUCAUGCCCGACAACAAACAGGUUGACCAAAUAAAAAGUGCGUGUGCCUAG